AACACAUGAACAUAAUUAUUGUAGAUGUAGAAAAUAGCUUCUAAAUCACAACAUGAAACAAAUUUCAUAAUCAUAAAUUCAUAAGUUCAAAACCAUACAUAAGUGCAUAAACAUGAGAAACAGAGGAACUAGCACAAGAAACAAAGUAACUCGCACAAGAACAGAGCAACUUCCACGAAGGGAGUAAACAGAGGAUCCAUAUGAGGAAGAACAAGGUGGCGGCGAAGUCUCAGUUAGCAUGCGAGGAAGAAGGGAGUUGGCAAUAAACAGGAGUAUUCGCGAGGAAGAAGAAACGAUUUCAGUCUGUACAAGUUUACUUCACUUUGAUUGCUAAUGUGCACCACUCAAAUUUAACAUACAAAUUGAAGGAGGAGGCUUAAUAUAUUUAAGUUAUUUCAUUAUUUGUGGCUUAGUUGCCAGCCUACAAAUGUGCUGUAUUUAUCAACUGUCUUGAGGAUAUGGAAACAUGGCUCUAUUAAAGGUUUAAAUGGUAGUUGCUCAGAGGUGUGUUCUUGGACAUCUUCCUGUUACGUAGGUUGUAAAAAUAUUUAUUUCUUGGUCAAACCUUCUUUUAAAUAGUCGUCUGCUUAAAGUUUGUGGGCUGGAUUAUCAAUGCCUGGAAACGAAGCGGUAGACAGGCUCCAUAAUUUUUUUGGUCAAGAAAACUUGUCCCAGGAACAGUAUCAUUCACAAGCGGUUGAUGGGAACUGGCCAGGACCAAGCAACAAUAUAUGGGUUGGCAGCCAGAGAUCGACUGGUGUGCCAUUUGUUUCCAAUUUGAAGAAUUUUAAUCAACAAAAAUGUGAUUCUGAGCAGGGACACGUAAGCUCUCCAUAUUUGCGUCACAGUUUGAACCUGUCACAAUCAAAUUUGAGGCAUGAGUCUGGCAGAAAUCAGCUGCCAAACCAGCAAGCAGCUUUAAGUGGCUACAUGCAGGGACAACAGGUUUUCCAGACAAGGCAGAAUGGAGCCAAUAUUUUGGAAAUGGAUACAGAAUCUGAUUGGCACCAUGUAUCAAGAGGAAUUCCGGUGCUAGAGUCACAAGGGAAUAGUGGUCUUGAACUCUAUAAGAAAAAUAUGGCUAGGAAUGAUGUUGGUGAAUCUCCUGUCAAUUUUGAUUUCUUUGGAGGUCAACAGCAAGUAACUGGUCGCCAUAAUGGAAUGCUUCAGCCUUUACCGAGACAGCAUUCAGGAAUAGAUGAAAUGCAUCUAUUACAGCAGCAAGCGGUACUUAACCAGAUGCAAGAACUUCAGAGGCAGCAACAAUUUCAUCAACCAGAAGCAAAGCAACAGAAUUCUAUGGCCCCAGCUUCGUCUAUUUCAACGCAGACGGUUACUAGCCAUUCUGCUUCUCUUAUUAAUGGAAUUCCUGUAAAUGAGGCAUCUAACUUUAUGUGGCAGCCUGAAGUUAUGGCAACUAAUGCAAAUUGGCUCCAGCGUGGUGCAUCUCCAGUUAUGCAUGGGUCCUCUAAUGGACUUAUAUUGUCUCCUGAACAAGGACAAGCAUUGCACACAAUGGGUUUGGUUCAUAAUCAGGGAGAUCAGUCUCUUUAUGGGGUUCCGAUAUCUGGUUCAGGAGGCACUCCUAACCUUUAUUAUGAGAUUCAAGAAGUUAAGCCAGCAAUGCAGCAGGUUUCUUUCCCACAGCAAUAUUCUCAUGUUCAUGGGAACAAACCUGUGCUGCCACAGAUAGUGGCCGGCAGUAAUUCAUUUUCAGCUAUCCAGAAUGCUACAUUUUCAGAUCACAUCAACAGAAAUGAUGGAACUUUAGUUUCAAGACAGGAUAUUCAAGGAAAGAGAAUGUUUGGAGCUACUGCUCGUGUAAAUAGUGGACUGAAUGUGGAAAACUUGCAGCAACUGAAUUCUGAGCUAAGAAUUGUACCAAUGCAAGAUUUUCAUGGGAGACAAGAACUAGCUGGAUCUUCUGAGAUGUCUUCACAGGACAAGAUUUUAGUGCAGGCUCCUCCUUCACAGAACAUAGCAACCCUAGAUCCAACUGAGGAGAAGAUUUUGUUUGGUUCAGAUGAUAGUAUGUGGGAUGGAUUUGUUACAAAUACUGAUUUUAAUAUGCUGGAUGGUACAGAUAGUUCUAAUGGCUUUUUAUCCCUUCAGAGCGGGAGUUGGAGUGCGCUUAUGCAGUCUGCUGUUGCAGAAACUUCUAGUAGUGACAUGGGCAUCCAGGAGGAGUGGAGUGGUCUGGGUUUACAAAAUAUGGGGCGAUCAUCUGGAAAUGAGCAACCCUCUACUACUGGUGGCAGCAAACAGCAAUCAGUUUGCGGUGACAAUAACUUGCAAUCAUCUUCCAAUAAAAAUUCAAGACCUUUAAUUCGGCCUGAUGAUGUUAGUAGGCCCACAACCACUGAAAACCAUUGUAGCGUUUCUCGGUUUCAUCAGUCAGGUCCUGAUACUUUACAUCAACAGCAUGACAGGUUACAGAUUGAUUCUCACUGUCACCGACCAAAUCCACAGCAUUUAGAAAGAGGCAGGUGGUUAAAUUGCAGUCCUCAGCAAAAACAAUUAUCUGAAGGUGGUCAUAUAUAUGGAAAUGCUACCAACUCUUCAGGUUUAGAUAAAAAUGAAAAGGUUAAAUCAGAUUAUUGGACACAUCAACAGACCAUAUCAUCUUGUAGCGAUAGUGGUGGUGGUGGAUUAAAUAAGUCUAAUGGUUGGGACAUUACGAUGUCAGCCCCAUUUGAUAGUAGUUCUACUUUCGAAACCAAUGAAAAUGAAAACUCAUUGCAGCACCAUCAUGGAAAAGCCAUGCAUGAGGAGAUAGGUCAGGUGCCUGCUACAUGGGAGCCUGAUUCUGGGGAAGAUUCUGGUAUGAAUGGUAUUACUGCAUUACCAAAUUCGGGCUCUGCAUGGUUCAGCCAGCAAGACAGCAAAAAGCUCCUCAACGCCGAUGUGUGGAGAUAUUCUGAGUCAGCAGGUAGCUAUAUAAGAAAUGAUGGUCCAGGAAAAUAUAAGCAUCAUAUGGAAAACCCUUCUUCAAUUUUGGAAUCAUCAAAGAAUGGAAAAUUUGAAGGUGAUCUAAAUGGUGUGGAUAACUCUAAAAAAAAUGAAAAAUCAGCAGAUGGUCUUGGAUCUAAUUUUGAUGGCAAUGAUUUGCAUAGUCCAAAGUCAUCUGGUCAGGUGCAUCAAAGAUCUUCCACUACUCGUACAUUUCAGAACCAUCCAAUGGGGGACCAUGGUAAUGAAGUGGAAACUUAUGGAAACAAACAGGUCAUAAAUUCACAGCCUAUGAACCAUCAACAUUUUGGAGGACAUAGAGGUCUGGGCCAUAGUUAUCUUGGACAGUCAAAGUAUGGAUAUUGUGAAGGGAAUUAUAGUGAAAUGGAGAAGGGUGAGUCGGAGAGCUUGGAUGAUCAUGUUUCAAGAAGCGUACAUCGUACACAUAUCCCGAAAACAAUGAUCUCAUUGGAUAGAAGUGUUGGUAAUUAUGCCUUACAGAAGACUGCUUUACCCAGGGUGCAUGAAACUGAAUCUUCAGAUGGAUUUGCUGUACAUCCUCAGUGGAAUCAAAGUUCUUCGCCACAGGGCUUUGGCUUACAAUUGGCUCCUCCUACUCAGGGGCCUGCCAUAGUAUUUUCUCGUGGCUCAUCAGAUUCAGGUCAUACUAUACAACACAUGUCUGAGACAGGGGAUAAGCACCACACAUGGUUAGCUACUAAUCAAACUUUUCCUCCUCAAGAGUCAUCUCCUGGGGAGAAUAAGAAUAAUAUUUCUAGUACCACAGGGCAAGUUUUUGAUAAGGCCUCUCAGCACAACGUGGCAGGAAACAUUCCACAGGCCUUUACAUCUGCCUUUCCUUUCUCCAGGAACCGAACUCAGAAUCAGAAUAUGGCUCCUCUUGGUGGACAAGUAGCAAAUUCUCAGCCGGCUUCCUUGAAUCAUGUAAAUGAAUUUGGUGAAAGAGCUCAAGCUAAUCAAUCUGAAAUGCUAUCUACUCGGGACAUGUCCCAGCUGAGUGGUACAGAUCAAAUUUGCAUUAAAGAUCGUGCAAUCCAAAUUUUGGCAGCAGAGGCAGGCAGUCAGCCUUCUGUUACAUAUGGUGCAUCUCUGCAUGGCACCCCUUCGAAAGUUAUGCACAACUUGUGGACCAAUGUUUUGAGCAGGCAACAUUCUACCGCUUUGAAGAUUCCAUCACAGCCCAAACAAAUAAACUAUUGUGAAAUGACAACUGAGUCAAAGAAGCUAGAUGAUCAGGAUCCAAACGAAGAUGGUAAUGAGCUUUCUGCCAUUGGUGUUUGUUCUGCUUACUCCAAUAGCUCUGUAAUAAAUGUGCUUAAAGAAAGCCCUGGAGAGCAGACAUUGUUUGAGAAUGUUGUUGGUGCUGAAGACGCUGCAGUUGUAUCACACCUGAAGGAACCUUUUGUGAAAUGCGUUGCAUCUCAACCAAGCUUAGCUGUGACCUCAAGGGAUAUUGAGGCUCUCAAUCGGUCUUUAAGACCAAACAAGGUUUUGAAUCCUAAUUUCUCCUUGCUGAAUCAAGUUCAAUCCAUGAGAAACGUGGAUAUUGAUCCUAGUAAUCGGGAAGCCAAGAGAUUGAAAGUUUCUGAUAAUAUGGUGGACAAACAGCACGUAGAUUCCAACCACGGACAACAGUCGUCAUAUGGAUAUGACAAUUUGGUCAAAGAUGUGUCUGGAAAUAGUUCUUCCAUUCCAUCAUCGCAACCCAGUAUAUUAUGCUUGUCAGAAAAGCCACAUGAUGGAAUGGGCAUGAAUGCAUCUUCACAGGAGGUGAUUGAAAAUGAUCAGGAAAACUCUCUUAAUGUUUCUGAUAGUAAUAACGCAAAAUCAAACAGAAAUGAUCAUUCUCUGAUAAAUCCACAUAUGGCACCGUCAUGGUUUGAACAAUAUGGAACUUUUAAAAAUGUUAAGAUAUUGCCAAAUUAUGAUGGACAGAAGAUAACUGCUGCUAAGAUUAUGGACCAACCUUUUAUUCUAUCAAACCAAUCAGAUGGUCUGCAUUUCCAAAAUUCAAUAGAUCAAGUUAAUAGUUUUAAUGAUGCUCAACUUGGUAGCCCCAGGCACAAUCCAAUGCCUGCUUCAGUUGCAAGUGAGAAUGUAUGUUCUCAGUUAUCGACUCCUACGGGUGAACCUGAUUUACUUAUAUUGAGACCAAAGAAGCGUAAAACUGCCACAUCUGAACUCCUGUCAUGGCAUAAAGAACUGACACAGGGUUCUGAACGUCUUCGAGAUCUAAGUGCGGCGGAAUUAUUAUGGGCCCAAACCGCAAACAGACUGAUUGAGAAGGUUGAAGCUGGUGCUGGGGUAGGCGAAGAUCUAUCAGUGAUGGUGAAGUCAAAAAGAAGACUUGUCUUGACUACGCAGGUUAUGCAGCAACUACUAAGCCCUCCUCCUGCAGCAUUUCUCGUAGGAGAUGUGAAGUUGCAUCUUGAAAGUGUGGUCUACUCUGUUUCCAGAUUAACAUUAGGAGAAGCAUGCAGUUCAAUCUCGUGGUCUGGAUGCGGUACUCUGCCACCUGGAAGCAAAAAUCUACUGCUCAGAAAACAGACAUCAUCUGACAAUGUUAAUCAUCACGUUUUGAAAGUUAUGGACUUUGUUGAUAGAACAAGGAGGCUGGAAGAGGAUAUAUUAAGAUUGGAUAGCAGAGCCUCAAUUUUGGACUUGAGAGUGGAGUGUCAGGAUUUAGAAAGAUUUUCUGUUAUCAAUCGAUUUGCCAAGUUCCAUGCACGGGGACAAUAUGAUGGGGCAGAGACCUCAUCGUCCUCUGAUAAAAUUGCUAAUUCUCAGAGAGUAUUUCCCCUGCAAUUUGUUACUGCAGUUCCAUUGCCUAGGAAUCUCCCAGACAGGGUACAAUGUCUUUCACUUUGAUAAUUAAUUAAUUCAUUUUCCAUCUUACUUGAUUAGUUGUCUCCCCAAUCUACUGGUCUUUUUCUUUCAACUUAUAUAAUCGCACGUCAUCAACAUAGAACCAUUCAACUGGCAGUGUAGGAGAAGAAUAGUACUAUGUUUCGUCUUCGACCUGCAGGGGCUGUUACAUCUUUGCAAUUUAUAUAUGUAUGUAUGUGUAGAUCCUUUAAUCUUUGACUUUCCAUUUUCAAGUUCCAAGCCUUCUGUGUAUAGCAAAAUUAUAUAUGCAGUGGUUUACCAUUACCAUUUGGCUUGGAUUAGACUGAUUAAUUUGGAUAGGUUUCUUUUCUUUUUUUUUUUUUGUGUUGAUAAAUUUUGGAUAGGUUUCUUCACUAACUCAUUUUGUUUCUUUCAAUAUGAAAUAAUUUUCUAUAUAUUUUCUUGUAUGGUCCUGCCUAUCAAAAACCCUUUUUGUAGGGGAUGUUACAAAACAGCAUCAAGUGUAGGGCCUCAAAAAUAGUGAACGUUGUUUGCUUUUGGUAUUCAUAUUGCGUUGACUGUCUAGUAUA